CGGUGCCUUCUGAAACUACCUCACUUCUUCUGGUUUUGCUGCAAAAACCCUAACAAACAGAAGCUACAAGUACUUAAAUACAGUCACUUAUUUGGCUGUCUUAAUCAGAAAAGAAAGAUCCAAGAGAUCAUGGAAGUCAAAGGAAUCAAGUCUAGCUUUACCUCCCGAGCCUACAUAACAGCUCUGAUUAAUCACACAUGGAGCUGGCUAGGACAGGGGCUUGGGUGCCAAUAUUUAAGAGAGUAGUAAUUAACUGGCAUAUACAGGGCACCUCGUAACGAUGCAAUGGUUGCAGACCCCACUCCCCCCUCCAGCUGCAGACCCCACUCCCCCUCCAGCUGCAGACCCCACUCCCCCUCCAAACUUUUUAUUCUCAGUCCAGAAGACAAGUGCUGUUAAUGAACUCGUAUUCAGAAUUUAAACAGAAGUGAUCUUUAUCUGCUGUUUCUGCUGUCUGUAUUGAGUGGAACAGGUCAUAUCCUGUCUCUCUAAAACUCCUCCCAUUAAGGAAGUACAGAGUCCGAGACGACUGCAGUCCUUUUGCAGUGUUCUGCUCUGGUGAGUUUAGUUUUAUUUUCGGUUUAUGGAGAAUUCUGAGUCUCGUUUUCAGCUCUGUGAAAGGAAGUGAUUACUAACUGGACCUGCAAAGUCGUAUAUUAACUUUAAACAAACCUGAAAUCAGGGUGUGAUUACUUUUGAUCAAAGUGAAAGUGGAUCUGAACAUUCGGACUGGAGAGAACAACAACAGCAGCAAAAUAAAAUGGCUUCUAAGUUUUCAGAGGAGGAUUUCUCUUGUCCUGUGUGCUGUGAAAUCUUCACGGAUCCUCUUCUCCUGCGCUGCAGUCACAGUGUGUGUAAAGUGUGUUUGCAAAAGUUCUGGGAGACCAAAGGAUCCAGAGAAUGUCCUGUUUGUAGGAGGAAGUCGUCUAUGAAUGAACCUCCCAGAAAUCUGGCCUUAAAGAACCUGUGUGAGACUUUCUUACAGGAGAGAAGUCAGAGAUCUUCAUCAGCGUCUGAAACAGUCUGCAGUCUGCACAGUGAGAAACUCAAACUCUUCUGUCUGGAUGAUCAACAGCCGGUGUGUUUGGUGUGUCAGACUUCAAAAAUACACACCAACCAUCAAUUCUGCCCCAUUGAUGAGGCAUUAACAGACCGUAAGGAGGAGCUGAAAACUGCUCUGAAGCCCCUACAGGAGAAACUGAAGAUCUUUAAAGACUGUAAACUGAACUGGAGUCAGACUGCAGAACAUAUAAAGAUUCAGGCCCAACACACAGAGUGGCAGAUUAAGGAGGAGUUUGAGAAGCUUCACCAGGUUCUACGAGAUGAAGAGGCAGCCAGGAUAGCUGCACUGAGAGAGGAAGAGGAGCAGAAGAGUCAGAUGAUGAAGGAGAAGAUUGAGAAGCUGAGCAGAGACAUAUCAUCUCUUUCAGACACAAUCAGAGGCGUAGAAGAGGAGAUGAGAGCUGAAGACGUCUCGUUCUUACAAAACUACAAGGACACAGUGAGAAGAGCUCAGUGCACACUGCAGCAUCCAGAGGAGCUUUCAGGACCACUGAUCCAUGUGGCAAAACAUCUGGACAACCUGAAGUUCAGAGUCUGGGAGAAGAUGCAGGACGCUGUCCAAUGCACUCUUGUAACUCUGGACCCCAACACUGCUCAUCCUGACCUCAUUGUAUCUGAUGAUCUGACCAGUGUGAGACUCAGUGAUGAGGAACAGAAGCUUCCUGAUAAUCCAGAGAGAUUUGAUGUUGGUUGCUGUAUCCUGGGUUCUGAGGUCUUUAACUCAGGGACACACUGCUGGGACGUUGAAGUAGGAGACUGUACAGAGUGGUUUGUGGGUGUGAUGACAGAAUCUGCUCAGAGGAAGGGAGAUAUAUUCUCCAGAAGUGGAAUCUGGUUUGUGGGGUAUUCUGGUGGUAAAUAUGGAACAUGGUCUACACCACAGCCACCCACUCUCCUCUCAGUAACACAGAAGCUCCAGAGGAUCAGAGUGCAGCUGGACUGGAACAGAGGAAAGCUGUCGUUCUCUGACCCUCUCACUAACACACACAUACAUACUUUCACACACACAUUUACUGAUAAAUUGCUGCCAUUUAUAACUGUUGGUUGUAAUAAAUCUCCUGUAAAGAUCCUCCCACUUCAGUGCUCUGUAAGAGUGAAUCAGAUCAGUUAGAGCUGAUAUUGUUUUAUUCCAAUUCAUUAAUGAAAUAUUGCUGAUGAAAAGAUUCAUGUUCCUUGUGAAAGUCUGUUUUUACUGAAGCACUGAACACUUCAUUGUGGAAUUUAUUUUGAAGUGUGUAACGACACAAGACGGUUAACAGGAAGUAAGCGCAGGAGCAAUGUCUUUAUUAAUAAACCAAGCAAACAAAACACAGGGAACGCGGUCUAUACUGAACUAGACUAGCUGGAUUAAACAUGGGACUAGAGUCUAGGCAUUACACCAAAACAGGACAUGGAAAUAAGACCGCUAGCAUGCUACACGCAUUCGCUACUACAUUCUAACAUAUUGAUCUAAUACUGCGCGAAGUGCACAGCAGCACAAGGGGUUUAAAUAACCAACAGAAUUAAACUAAAUCACAGACACCUGGAGUAAAUCAACCAACGCUCGCACACAGGGAGAAUCAAAACAAACGAACCGCGCGUGUCCAUACACAAGAGUCUCGUGCACGCGCGCUCAGCAGCAGUCUUUGCGCUUCGAUGCCGCAGCGCCCUCUGCCGGCGGUAGCGUAACAAAGUGUUCUAUAAUUAUUUCGUCUCACCUUAUCAGUUACAUCAAAAUAAUGUGAAAACUCAAAAUAAUCAGAUAUCUCGGAUAUUAAUAUAUCUUGAAAUUCCAAGAUAUUCAUUGAAAUAUUUUAAGUGAAAAUAACGACCUACUGCGUGGAAAUUUACAGACCACAUCUCAACACCUGCAGGGUCCUGUAGGUUCAUCCUGUACAACAUCAAGAAAAUCAGACCCUACCUCACUGAACAGGCUGCACAGAUACUAGUCCAGGCUCUUGUUAUCUCAAAACUGGACUACUGCAACUCACUACAUUCAGGCCUCCCAGCAGCUCCAUCAAACCCCUUUAGAUGAUUCAGAAAGCAUUCUGAAUCAGCACGCCUUGUCUUCAACCAGCCCAAGAGAACCCAUGUCACACCCCUCUUCAUCUCACUCCACUGGCUUCCUGUAGCUGCCCGCAUCAAAUUCAAGGCCUUGAUGCUCACCUACAAGACCUUGUCUAGAACAGCACCCUCCUACCACAGCUCUCUCCUGAAGGCUUUCGUUCCCUCACACAAUCUGCGAUCGAUUAGCGACCGACGUUUAGCAGUUCCCACUCAGCGUGGCGCAAGGUCCCUUUCCAGAACCUUCACACUAACUGUUCCUCAGUGGUGGAAUGAACUUCCAACCUCAAUCCGGACCACAGAAUCUCUCUCCAUCUUCAAAAAACAGCUAAAGACCCACCUCUUCCAUCAACACCUAACAAACUCAUUAAAAAAAAAAAAAAAUUGCACUUUCACCUCUACUCUGUGCACUUUGCUUCUUCUGGAACUCAAUUAAUGGAUCUUGUAUGGUAGCACUACUUGUAUUGUUCUCUGCUUGAUAUUUCGCUUUGCUUGUAUUUUUCUCAUUUGUAAGUCACUUUGGAUAAAAGCGUCCGCUAAGUGAAUAAAUGUAAAUGUAAAUAAUGAAUUAUUAAAUAAAAAUAAUGGGAUAAAGUUCAAAUAACUCCAUAGUACAUUUCCCCACAACUUUCAGUUCAGGGCUUCCAGAAACAAAUAAACCACAGAAUGAAUUUAAAAUCAUAAAAAUAUGAUUAAACAUAGAUCUCUAUCUCUAUUCCUUUUAUUCCUGAAUUUAAAUCAUUGUAAAUAAACCGAGGCUUUGAAGA